GUGCGCGCGCCGCCGGGCCGCGCGGCCGUCUGAUUCACCGUCGGCUGAGGAGCAUUUGCCGUCAAAAUACGGUGACGUUCCGCUCAGAAAGGACAUCGGGAGGCAAGCAACCAAUCACUCAGCCAUCCGACAGGCCGGAUGGAUGGAGAGCGAGUUCUCCAGUCGAGCAGGUAGACCGUCUGGCAGCUUGUAGGCACACGCGUCGGAACGCUGGCAGAAUACCUGCAAAAUCCUUCUGUUCGACUGCCGUGAGAGCAUGCGGCGCUGGCGUACAAGCGGGCGUACAAACUCCCGGGCGGUUGGACGGAGCAUGAUUCUUGAGUGACUGAAAGACGGACACCGAGCCUCUGGUCAACUGGCGAGACCAGGAGUGGGCCCGACAAUAUUCAACACCCUACGAACAGAAACCGCUGCUAGAGAUCGUGGAGCCAAGGUGUGCCGGAGAAUAUUCAACGACCACUAGGAUGAAUGGCUGAGUGAGUUCUCAAGAAUCUGUGUGUUAUGCGGCUCGCCACGUUGGGAUGGCUGUGAACUUUUUCGAAAGCCCUUGGGAUUUCGAAUCAGGAAAAAUCGCUGAGCAGGCCUUGGUGAUAAUACUAGUCCUGAAUUUACUGUUUUGGCUCAUUGUGAUCAUAUGGAGAUUCUGCUAUAUCCGAAAACUGAAUGCUGUGGUCGAGCGGAGUCGAGCCGAGAUGAGGGGUCGAAUCAACGAUGGACUCGAAAGCGAACAGCAGAGGGGUCCGGAAGACGAUAUUUACGCGCUGUCCAGAGGCGAUUUCCCACCCUCGUAUGACGACGCCAUAAAAUCACAUCCGAUAUUCCCACCGGAGCCGUCAACGUCUCCGCCGCCGCAAGCGCCGAUCAGAACGGAUAGUUCUGUUCGUCCGCGAACAACAGUCGAUGACGUAGCGGAUAUGACGUCAUCACCAUCAAGAGAAACAUCCGCGUCAGAUUUAUGCGGGGUCGAAGUCGAAGAAUCCGUGAAGCAGAACAUCAAAGAGGCAACCACCACCCGGAUUCAGAUCGAUGAACCACCUCCACUUCCGAGUUCGCCUCCCCCUGUUGAUUAGGGCUGGAAAACUUGGUCGAGGCAUCAAACUCCACGCUGUGGAAUAACAUUUGACCAAUGAUUGAGUUCGAGGAACCGAUCAAGAACACUGUAUGGUUCCGUUCCGGCGAUACUCAACCAGCGAGCUGCGGCGAAGGAUCAAGAUGUCAUAAAACUUUAGAUUCGUGAUCCAACUCUCAUCUUCGAUGGUCGAUUGAUCCUCGUACGACAC